UCCGCGCGCCGCUGUUGUCCUGGGCCCCCCCGGAGGGGUAUGAUGAUGGCGGCGCUGGGGCGGUGCGCGCGGCGCUUGCUGCUGCUGCGGGGCUUCCCGGCGCGCGGGGCUCGCGCGGGCUCGGGCCCGGGGGGCGGGGCCGAGGCUGCCGUUGUGACCCCGCCCCCCGUCGCGCGGGCCCCGCGCCAGCCGCUGCACGAGGAGGACGAGGGGGACAUGGUGCUGGCGCUGCGCAAGAACCCUGACUACCACGGCUUCCACCCGGACCCCGAGCUGGACGUGUGGCACAUGCGUCUGGCCUUCUUCUUCGGGAUCUCCCUCUGCAUCGUGGUGGGGGCCACCUUCGUGCACUACCUGCCGGAGCACGGCAUGCGGACGUGGGCGCGCCGGGAGGCCGAGCGGCUGCUGAAGGAGCGGGAGCGGCUGGGGCUGCCUCUCCUGGACUCCAACUACUUCGACCCAAGCAAGCUGGUGCUGCCGGACGAGGAGGAGGAGUGAGGGGGGCUGGGCCGGUGCCCCCCGGCCCCCCAGGGCUGUGUGAAUAAACCUGCUGAGCCACCUG